UUUUGCCACAAAAAAUAGUAGCAGUAAUAAACUAGUAUUUUACACGCGAAUCAUCGACAGGAAUCCGAUAAUAUUUUAGCGUUAACAGACACAUUUUAAAUGACUCAUUGACUCAAGGGAAGUGUUGUAGGUUAUACUUAAUCUAAAGCGUCGUAAAAUUACCACGUCCUGAUAACGCUUUGAUAACAGUUGAUGUACUAGUGUAAACUUAUUUUCUAAAUUAAAAUGAAACUGUGAACUCAUUUAUCGUCACUCCCCCUUGUUACUCUUCCAGUGGUAACCAUGAGCUCAGCACAGGUUAGAAAAAUUUCGCAAAAAUGUGAAACCGAAGUUCCCAAUUACGGAUUAAAAGUGAGAUUAAACCACACUUACCCCGAAGAUCGAUCUCAAGAUUUUAUACCAAGCAUAAAACAAAUAUGGGCUAUGUUACCGCUAAUUUUGCGGUACAUUUGGUACUACAUUGUCCACCGAAUCAGGGGCAAAUCCAUCGUAAUGGAUUAUGUCAAGACGCUAAGAGCGCAGCAGAUAUACGGUGUCCCGAUCGGAGGUAUUGGUUGUGGCACGAUUGGGAGGGGCUUCCGGGGCGAGUUUUGCAGGUUUCAGUUGAGACCGGGGCUGUAUGAAUACAGUACAGUUGAUGCAAAUCAGUUUAUUGUUACUGUUAAAGAUGGGCACCAUGAAACCAUUUUUCAUAGUUUGUUAUCGACGUUUCCGAUGAAAAGUUUGAAAAGUUGGGAAAGUUCGAUUGAUGGUUCAGAGUGUUUUUACACUGGGCUUUAUCCCAGGUCUUGGACCGAAUUUGAUUUGUCCAGGUAUGGAAUAAUGCUGACCUGCAGGCAAGUUAGCCCCAUUAUUCCCCAUAAUUACAAGGAUAGUUCCUUACCAUGCUCUGUCUUCGUCUGGGACAUCAAAAACAUUUGCGACGAAGAUAGAACCGUAACCAUCGCUUUCACUUUUAAAAACGGCAUCGGAAAUAAAAGCAAAGAUAGAUCCUCGACUUGUAGUUCCAAGGCUUUUUCCCUUGGAGAAUCCGAAGGAGUCGUUCUCUACCACACCAUCGACAAAAUGCAAUGUUCCUACGUUCUUUCAGCUAAAGCAAACCCCGACAUCGAUAUUUCCAAGUGUCUCUAUUUCGAUCCGAAUUCUAGCGGAAUUGAGCCUUGGAUCCAACUUAAAAAUAAUGGGUGUUUUGAUAAGAUUACCGAUAAGAAUUAUGGACAGGUUUUUGGGGAAAUGGCCUGUGGUAUUGCUGCUAAGGGCCUAGUGCAUCCCAAUAACUGUCUCAGUACUGAGAUGGCGUUGGUCUGGGAUAUGCCGACGGUCCAGUUCCCCAACAAACAAAAGAAGUAUUCGAGGUACUACACAAAGUACUUUGGGAACGAAAACGCCGGGUUGAGAAUUACGAGAUACGCGUUUGAGAAUUAUAGAGAGUGGGAAGAUGGUAUUUAUAGGUGGCAGGGUGCCAUUCUCGAAGAUGGAGAACUACCCGACUGGUAUAAGUCGGCGCUCUUUAACGAAUCGUACUUUGUGAGCGAUGGUGGUACUAUUUGGGUCACUCUGGACGAUGAGGACGCCAAAAAGCUACCAAAAAGCGACCCCCGAAUAGAGUUCGGAAAGUUCGCACUCUUGGAGGGACAUGAAUACAAAAUGUACAACACGUACGAUGUACAUUUCUACGCUUCGUUUGCUUUCGUGCCAAACUGGCCUCUUUUGCAAUCAGUUCUUCAGUACGACAUGAGGGACGCCAUUUUCACAGAGAUCCCGGAUAAAGUGAAGAUGUUGUACGAUGGUUCCAUGGUGGAACGGAAAGUACCGAAUACGGUACCACACGAUAUAGGAGAUCCUGGUGAGGAACCGUUCAUUUUGCUUAAUUCUUACCCCAUCCACGACGUUAGCCACUGGCGAGAUUUAAAUUCCAAGUUCGUGUUGCAAGUGUUCAGAGACGCUUUCACAGCGGGUUUAAACGAACGCUCUGUACAAUAUUUGAAUGAUAUGUACGACGCUUGCUACGCCGUGAUGCACAAGAGCGAAGAAUUCGAUAUUGAUGGUGAUGGGCUAAUCGAAAAUACGGGUAGUCCGGAUCAGACUUUUGACACUUGGGUUAUGACGGGUUCUAGUGCAUAUUGUGGUGGUCUAUGGCUAGCUGCUCUCUUCGCUAUGACCAAAAUCUCUGACGCGUUACAAAAAACCAAAGAUAAUGAAAAGUUCCAGAAACUUCUAGACAAAGGGAAGGCGUCUUUUGAACGGAAAUUGUGGAACGGGAGGUGUUACAACUUUGAUUGUUCGGACGUGGAGUGUCGGUCUAUCAUGGCGGAUCAGUUAUGCGGUCAGUGGUAUCUGAGAAGUAGCGGUUUUGCAUAUGAGGUGUUUCCGCAAGAUCGUGUCAAGACUAGUUUGAAGACGAUUUAUGAAAAUAAUGUACAGUCGUUUUGUAAUGGUAGAAUGGGUGCAGUUAAUGGGUUUAUAGAUGGAGCUGUUGAUAAGUUUACUAUACAGAGUGAGGAAGUGUGGACCGGUGUGACAUAUUCGUUAGCCGCCAGUAUGCUUCAAGAGGGAAUGUGGAGCGAAGGGUUUAAUACAGCUGGAGGUAUGUAUAAAUCGAUGACCGAUCGCUUUGGACUUGCUUUUCAAACCCCUGAGGCUCUAUACGCCACUAAGUGUUACAGAGCUGUAGGUUAUAUGCGAGCACUUAGUAUCUGGUCGAUGCAACUAGCUAUCAAUGAAUUAAAGAAGACAAAGAAUUAAAAACAUCAGUACUUGUAGCUUUGUUUUUAUAAUUAGAAAUAAAUCUUCAAGUUAAAUCUCACAAA